AUGCAAAGAGACGGAGAGACGCUCAGGAGAUAUGUAGAGAGGUUCAACAAGGAGGCGAUGCAAAUAGAAGACCUGGGCCAAGAGAUCGCCUAUACAGCGUUACUCAACGGGACAACUAAUUCUGACUUGCGAAAAGAGUUGUUGGCCAAAUCACCAAAAUCAUUUACUACACUGAUGACAAUCGCACAUACACAAAUCAGAGUGGAUGAUGGCCAGAGAGAGAUAGAGAACCGACACGGACGGGCAGAAGAACGAACAUUUUCAGAAAGAAGGAAUGGAGAUAGAUCGCCCAUAGGAAAAAGGUUCGGAGAGAAAGGCAACGAUAGUUUCAGAAAUAAGAGAAAAACGGACGAAGAUAGGCGAUACACCCCCUAA